AUGGGCACGGCUACUCUACUCCUUCUCGAUAUACAAAACGGUAUCGUUGACCAAUUCGAAUCAAAAGACAGUUACCUUCAACGUUUAUCUUUGGUUCUUUCUGCUGCCCGCAAGAACUCCAUCAAUAUUGUUCACAUUGUCACUGCUUUCCGAAAUGGAUAUCCAGAAAACAACCCAAACAACACUUCUGUCCCUGCCGCUGCGGCACGUGGUCUAUACAAAGAAGGCGACUCCUCGGUACAGAUCCACUCGGCGGUAGAGGUGACGCCCGAAGAGCCGGUCAUCACCAAACGACGUGUCUCUGCAUUCUUUGGUACAGAGCUUGAUAUGAUUUUACGCUGCUCUAAUACUGAUCAUAUCAUUGUUGCCGGGCUCGCUACCAGUGGUGCUGUGCUAUCGACUAUUCGGCAGGCAAUGGAUAUGGACUACCGCAUUACUGUUCUGCGUGACUGUUGUAUGGAUCCCAACGAGGAGGUGCAUCGUGUUUUGAUGGACAGUAUAUUUGGAAGGAAAUUGAACGUCAUAUCUGGAGAACAAUGGGUGUCCGAGAUCCCUGCAGGCCCUUCCAGCCAGAACGCAUGA